GAGUUGCAGGUGGGUUAGUGUGGAUGUGUACACUCAGUUGGUAGCAACUAGCAAGUCAGGCAGCCAGCCACGCUGACCACCUCCAUCACCCACCUACUAUCUGCUACAUUACUCCAAAACUUAUCAUUUAUUCUUCAGGAAUGAAGAGACGCCAGUAGACAUUGAAGAUCAGUGGAAGGCGAUAACAAGAGAAGAUUGAUCAAAUACCAAGAAGUCAAUUCAUCACCUCAUCACCACUACUACCCACAUCAACAACACACCAUCACCACCUACACACUAUAACCACCACCACAAAAACACCAUAAUCACCACCACCCACAUUAUAACCUUCACUACCACUAUCAUUCACACAUCACCAGCACCGGCAGCACCACUCACACGUUCAUAUAAUCACCAUCACCACAUCAAAACCACCUCAUCACCACCAUCACCUCUACCAUUUCAGGGGAACCUGAAUCAAAAUGAUGAGAUACCCAACAAUGCUGUAUUUAGCUGCAGGUUUACUGCUCCUCCAGAUGGGUGUUGGUUUGGGGAAUCACGAGGCUUCUGUAAGCACGGGUCUAGAGAUGACUGCUAAUGAGCAAGCUCUGAGGAAGUCUUUACUGAAAAACUACGACAAACUCACCAUACCUCCUGGCAACACUACCAUCACUAUCAGUAGCCUCACUAUACGUACCAUGGAGAUGCACGAGGAAACACAAUCCAUGGAGAUACUUAGUUAUUUGUCUCAUAGCUGGAUGGAUCUUCGUCUCAAGUGGAGCCUGGAGGAUCACAUGGAUCUGGACCGUCUUGGUAUGGAUCCAGACGACAUCUGGAAACCUGACCUCACUGUCUACAACUCGGCACGAGAGGACUACCACCUGCACCAGUCACAGCUGCCCACCCUGGUGUACCCAGAGGGAAGGGUGUUGUUUGUACCGCCGGUACAGCUGCACUUCACUUGUGUGAUGGAUCUGACGUACUGGCCUCACGACAAACACACCUGCGUGGUCAAGAUAGGAUCCUGGGUCCACCAUGGCUUUCUACUAGACCUUCAGGUCUCCUCAGAUGCACUAGAGUUCGACCUGAUGACACGUGCUGUGGAGGGAGGUGAGAUAUCAAUAUCUGAGUGGGAAGUGCUGCGAUCCAAUAUAACCAGGGUGAUCAAGUACUACCCUUGCUGCUCUGAACCUUACAUCACAAUCGACGUCUCCAUUACUCUGCGACGCUCUGCCUCCGCCUACACAUACACCGUAAAAAUACCAGCUGUCUGUCUGUCACUACUGACGCUGGUGGUGUUCCUGCUGCCACCUGGUGCUGGAGAGAAGCUCAUCUUUGGGGGCUUCUGUCUACUGCUCAACCUUCUCUUCUUAACCUACACCACCCAGGUGGUCGUCCACGCUCCUACACACACUCCGCUCAUCAUGAGGCUGGUGUGUCAGCAGCUGGUGUUAGUGUUGGUGAGUGUGUUGGUGGCGGCGUUGGUGGUGAGACUGGCCAGGGAUCCUCAUCCAUACCCUCUCCCCAACAUCAUCAAGUCACCACUACUUACCCUCUCCUACUUCCUAUGCCUCUCAAACUACACUACUUUGGCAUCAAGAACACAGCAAGAGUACACCUUCACAGUGAAGGGCGAGGAGGUGGAACUGGGUGAAGGCAGCAGCAGCGGGAGAGAGAAGAGAGGUCUGGAUGACAGCCACACUCAUCAGUGGAUGCUGCUGGCUGCUCUCCUCGACCGUCUUGUACUCAUUCUUUAUCUUGUUAUAUGUAUCAUUACUCUCAUCCGCUUUACGAGCAUCCUCUAGUGCCCACCUGCCCACCCACUACACUUACCCACCUGCCCACCCUUAUGCUUUUACCUGUUCACCCUCUGCCUUCUCCCACCUGCCCUCCUCCCACCUGCCCUCCUCCCACCUGUCCUUCUCCCACCUGCCCUCCUCCCACCUGCCCUCCUCCCACCUGCCCUCCUCCCACCUGUCCUUCUCCCACCUGCCCUCCUCCCACCUGUCCUUUUCCCACCUGCCUCCAUGUGGACUGUCAGUCACACCUAUAGAUCAAUUAUUAAUUGUUAUAUACGUGUAUAUAUAACAAUUACUCAUAUUUUCUAUAUGAGUAACAAAUAUAAGUAUAAUUAACACUUGUUGAUGUUAAAUAAUAACUCACAUGGAGACGGAAACACGGAAAAAAUUGCUCUUUAUAUUUGACCUUCAGCUGGUGUCUUCUUCAGUAGAUACAGAAAAGCGAACUAACACUCAGGUAAGAAAAGCGAGGGGAAGCGGGAGUUGACGUAAAUAGCACCGGAGAGGAGCGUCGUCAGCCGUAGAAACAGAGCCAGUGUCAGGAUAGGAAAUGGGACGACAAGUUAGAAAAAGUGUAGAAUGUCACGUCAUGAUGUUCCACACUCACCUGCUUCAUGACACGAUGUUCCACACUCACCUGCUUCCUGACCUGAUGUUCCACACUCACCUGCUUCCUGACCUGAUGUUCCACACUCACCUGCUUCCUGACCUGAUGUUCCACACUCACCUGCUUCCUGACCUGAUGUUCCACACUCACCUGCUUCCUGACCUGUGGUUCCACACUCACCUGCUUCCUGACCUGUGGUUCCACACUCACCUGCUUCCUGACCUGAUGUUCCACACUCACCUGCUUCCUGACCUGUGGUUCCACACUCACCUGCUUCCUGACCUGAUGUUCCACACUCACCUGCUUCCUGACAUGAUGUUCCACACUCACCUGCUUCCUGACCUGAUGUUCCACACUCACCUGCUUCCUGACAUGAUGUUCCACACUCACCUGCUUCCUGACAUGAUGUUCCACACUCACCUGCUUCCUGACCUGAUGUUCCACACUCACCUG